UGACAUUGCAUGAAUCACGUGGGAUCUCCUAGUUGCAUGCUUAUCUCAAAGCAUUGUUCCUGCGUUCUAGUAAAGCUGACCUGUGCCUCCGAUGCACUGAAGUCUCUUCUGGGGAUCUACUAUGAAAUAUGCAUGAUUAUAAUGAUCCUUCCAUCUACUAUUCCUCACUCUAGAUCUGUCCAGGUCAAAAAUAAACGGGCAGCUAAAAAUGGCUUCGGAUUUCGAUCUUUCCACCACCUUUAUCCCCUCAUUAUAUAAGCCAUCAUCAUUACUUCCUAUUGCUAGGCACAAACAGAGCUUGCUCUACCUCAUUGAGACCUAUCCUGUAACGAUUGUGGUCGGACAAACUGGAAGCGGGAAGACAACGCAGUUACCGCAGUAUCUUGACCAAGCAGGAUGGACAGCAGACGGCAAAGUUAUAGGAGUCACGCAGGUGGCCUCGGCGGGUGGCUGCCACAACCGUGGCCACGAGAGUUGCAGAAGAGAUGGGCUGCAAUGUCGGAGAAGAGGUUGGAUAUUCGAUCCGUUUUGAGGAUCUGACGUCAGCAGCAACGAGGAUCAAGUUUCUGACCGACGGCUUACUCCUUCGAGAGGCUCUUGUGGAUCCUCUAUUAUCACGUGAUCAGCAGUGCUACCCUGC